AGCAGCAGGAUUUAAGCAGAAAACAAUUUUCAGAAUUUUGCAGAGCACGAUUUUUCUAAUUUGAUCCACUCACCGAGGAUUGGUAAUGGUGUCUUCUUUGAGAAGGGGCCGAGAGGUCGGGCGACUGCUCUUCUUGCUUCUGCUGCUCGCGUCCUGGGAAGAAGGGAGCGGCCAACUUCACUACUCGGUCCCCGAGGAGGCCAAACACGGCACGUUCGUGGGCCGCAUCGCCCAGGACCUGGGGCUGGAGCUGGCGGAGCUGGUGCCGCGCCUGUUCCGGGUGGCGUCCAAGGACCACGGGGACCUGCUGGAGGUGAAUCUGCAGAAUGGCAUUUUGUUUGUGAAUUCUCGGAUCGACCGCGAGGCGCUGUGCGGGCGGAGGGUGGAGUGUAUUCUCCAUCUGGAGGUGAUCGUGGACCGGCCACUGCAGGUUUUUUAUGUGGAGGUGGAGGUGACAGACAUUAACGACAACCCACCAGUAUUUCCAAUGACAAUAAAAACUAUCCGGUUUCAUGAAUCAAAGCUGCUGGAUUCCGGGUUUCCCCUAGAGGGAGCAUCAGAUGCAGAUAUUGGAGUGAACGCCCUUCUCUCCUACAAGCUCAGCACCAGUGAGUUUUUCUUUCUCGAUAUACAGACAAAUGAUGAGUUAAGUCAAUCUUUGUCUCUCGUACUAAAGAAACCUCUGGAUAGAGAGGAAACUGCGGGGGUGAAUUUGUUACUAGUGGCUAUGGAUGGUGGCAAACCAGAGCUCACUGGCACCGUUCAAUUGCAUAUUAAGGUAUUAGAUGUGAAUGACAACGAACCAGUCUUUGAACAGUCAGUUUAUAAAGUGAAAGUGGUAGAAAACACUGCAAUUGGAACAUUAGUUCUUAAACUAAAUGCUUCUGAUGCAGAUGAAGGAUCCAACAGUGAGAUUGUGUAUUCAUUUAGUAGCGAUGUGUCCUCUACUAUUGAGAUGAAAUUUAAGAUAGAUCCCAACUCAGGAGAAAUAAGAACCCAUGGACACUUAGAUUAUGAAGAAUCAAAACACUAUGAAAUUCAAGUCAUUGCAUAUGACAAUGGAUCUCCCUCAAUGUCUGGGCACUGUAAAAUCUUAGUAAAAUUGGUGGAUACCAAUGAUAACACACCAGAAAUAUCAAUAACGUCACUCUCACUUCCAAUUCGAGAGGAUGCUUCGCAAGGAACAGUCAUAGCCCUGAUUAGAGUGUCCGACCAGGACUCCGGUGCCAACGGACAAGUCACCUGCUCUCUGACGCCCCACGUUCCCUUCAAGCUGGUGUCCACCUACAAGAACCGCUAUUCCCUGGUGCUGGACAGCGCCCUGGACCGCGAGAACAUAUCCAGCUACCAGGUGGUGGUGACGGCGAGGGACGGGGGCUCGCCCGCGCUGUGGGCCACGGCCAGCGUGUCGGUGGAGGUGUCGGACGUGAACGACCACGCGCCCGCGUUCGCGCAGCCCGAGUACACGGUGUUCGUGAAGGAGAACAACGCGCCGGGCUGCCACAUCUUCACGGUGUCGGCGCGCGACGCGGACGCGCAGGAGAACGCGCGCGUGUCGUACGCGCUGGUGGAGCGGCGCGUGGGCGAGCGCGCGCUGUCGAGCUACGUGUCGGUGCACGCGGAGAGCGGCCAGGUGUUCGCGCUGCAGCCCCUGGACCACGAGGAGCUGGAGCUGCUGCGCUUCCAGGUGAGCGCGCGCGACGCGGGCGUGCCUCCGCUGGGCAGCAACGUGACGCUGCAGGUGUUCGUGCUGGACGAGAACGACAACGCGCCCGCGCUGCUGCCGGCGGGCGCGGGCGCGCUGGGGGGCGCGCGCGGCGAGCUGGUGUCGCGCUCGGUGGGCGCGGGCCACGUGGUGGCGAAGGUGCGCGCCGUGGACGCGGACUCGGGCUACAACGCGUGGCUGUCGUACGAGCUGGCGCCGGGGGCGGGCGGCGCGCGCAGCCCGUUCCGCGUGGGGCUGUACACGGGCGAGAUCAGCACGACGCGCGGCCUGGACGAGGCGGACGCGGCCCGCCAGCGCCUGCUGGUGCUGGUGAAGGACCACGGCGAGCCGGCGCUCACGGCCACGGCCACGCUGCUGCUGUCGCUGGUGGAGAGCGGCCAGGCGCCCCAGGCGGCGCCGUCGCGCGUGGCGGUGGCGGGCGCGGCGGCGGCGGCGCUGGUGGACGUGAACGUGUACCUGAUCGUGGCCAUCUGCGCCGUGUCCAGCCUGCUGGUGCUCACGCUGCUGCUGUACAGUGCGCUGCGCUGCUGGGCGCCGGGCCGCGGGGCGGCGAGUGUGGAGGCCAAGCCCCCCGUGGUGUGCGCCAGCGCGGUGGGGAGCUGGUCGUCGUCGCAGCAGAGGAGGCAGAGGGUGUGCUCGGGGGAGGGUCCCCCCAAGGCGGACCUCAUGGCCUUCAGCCCUAGUGUACCUGACUGUAGAGAUGGAGAACAGCAUCCUGAAGUUGCAGAUUCCUUUAAAAAGGUUAGUUUAUGA